AUGCCUAGCUCCGAGAAUGCGACGACCGCUAUGGCCAAGGGACGCGUCGAGAAGGCGAAGUCUAAGAAAGCCAAGAAGGAGGCUGCUCAGGCUCGCGCGCGCGUUGCCCGUGAAGCACGCUUUGGAAAGAAGCCAGCCGCUGCGAAGGGGACCCCAAAGAAGUGA